AUGUUCGGGCGCGUCCGCAACCGCCCAACUGAGCUUGAGGCUCACCUUGCGGCUCUUGUUGACCCUGGUGUCGACGUCAAGCCCUCGCCGUCGGUCGCGGACAUCCUCGCUUGCGUCGCCGAGCUCCUCGGCCCGGACUCGCGACACGCCUCGCGGUGGGCGGCUAUCAUGGCCCUUGCGCUCCGCGCGGUCCUCGCUACUGCGCCCGAGCCCAGCGCUCCUGCUUCGGUGCUGCAGCAUUUGGUCGACGUCGUUCCCCUCGCACUGCAGGAGCCCAUCAUGCGCCUGGUUGCCUCUGCGUAUUCUCGCCUUGCCGGCGGUGCCGGCGCGCGCCCGCGACUCGAGUCUGUCACUGAUCUUGACAACCUCAUUGCAGAUGUCAACACCGUCCGCACCGCGCCUCUUGCUGACAUGCUCUCCGGCACUGCGUGUGUCGAGCCGCUCGGCCAGUGCAUUCUGGCACGCUGGCUCAUCGGCAGCCUUGCUGCCGGCGUCCAGCCCAUCAUUGUCCUCGGCGCCUCCAAGAUGUCCAAGGGUGAAGCUCAGCGCGCAGCUGUGGCCAUUCUAGUCAAAGCGCUAGAGGACAAGCCGACGUGGUUGACCGCGCCGCUGGCUUCGGAUCUCCGCACCGGUCUCGCUCAGCUUGCGCUGUACGAUGGUGACUACGUCCAGUCGAAGGUGCCCGACGUGGCUCGCGCGAGCGGGGUAAGCGCCGGUGGGCCGGAGCAGAUUGUGGCCGCUGCCGCGGGUAUGUGCGCCAUUGUGGCCGGCAAGGCUCCGCCGCGGUCGCCACCGACGGUUGCUGCCGCUACCGCCACCCCGAUCGCCAGCUUUAACGCCAUUGCCUCACUCGUGUUCAGCGCCUCGACCGACGCCAACGUCGCGCUCCUCUCGCAGAUUCUUGCCCGCGACACUCUUGCCCCGGCGCUGCCGGCUUGCUAUCGGCACUCGCUCGCGGCAGGCGCUGUCAUCGGCAUCGACGCCAAGCCCAACGUCGCCGCCUCAAUCGCAAACGUGCUCGCUUCACACGAGUGGAUCUACCGUCGUAUUCACGGCGGGACCGCGCCGUUGGCUACUGCCCACCGCCUGGCGUCGCCGCUCAGCGACGCGCUAGCGGUGCUCUACGCCGAGGCUGACGCCGGCGCGCCCGCCGACAUGGGCAUGGACGACAAGCUGAAGCAGUGCGCUGACGCGCUGGCUGCGGCUCGGACUCAGAUCGCUACCACAGCAUCAGCCUCGAACCGCCGCAAGCGCAAGUUUGCGCUCGACGCCUCCGAGUCGCAGGCUCCCAACAAGCGUGCCCGCCGCGGGCCGACCGGUGAGUCGUGGCUCGCCCUCCUCGCCACCAUCUGGCCCACUUUGCCGCGCGAUGUCCUGGAAGCUGCCUGCGACGCCGUCGGUGACGGUGGCUCCGCCUGGCUCGCCGAGCACCUGGCUGACGCUGGUGCCGCGCCCGAGGCCAUGCACCAGGCCGGCCCCAUCCGCGCCUUUGCCGCCUGCCUCGCAGCCGUCUUUGACGUUGUUGGCGCCACGCCAUGGAUGGACAAGGCGGUCAAGUGGGACGCCGGUCGUCUCGGCCGCCGUCUCGACGCCCUGGGCCACGCCGCUCGCAAACUUGAGCAUCUAGACGUGGCGCUGCCGGAAGCGCCUGGCCUCUGCAUCGGCAUGCUUCCCGAUCGUGCCUUUUACGUCCUCGCCGGCAUCAUGCUCGCUACCGGCGCUUGUGACGCCGAGCGCUGUAUCAACUCUGCCACCAUCGAGCUCGGCCUCGGCCUCAGUCCGGGCUCGUUUACCCGGUGGCGCAAGGCCAUGAGCGGUCUUAUCUCGAGUUCGUCGGUCUGGGGCGGUGGCCGCUGUGCCCGCAUGAUCCAGCACCGCGUCGAGCGCCUCACCGCCUCGGGCGCAUUGGGCGCGGCGCCGCUCGUCCCACUGUGGCACUACCUGGAGGCCGAGAUCCGCUACCUGGAGUCUGCAGGCUCGCCAGACGUCCUCCACGCCUACCUUCGUGGUCUUGCCGAGGAGACUGCCUUCUUCUGCAACCUCACCAGCGACAGCUUCAGCUUUCUCCACCCGGUCGCCGCCAAAUGGAUGUACGAAUCAGCACUGGCCAUCGGCAAGCCCGACGUCGCGGUCGUCCUUGCACAGUUUGCGCCGGCUGUCAAGAACGACGAUGUCUUUGACGUCAUCCGCGCCAAGGCAAGCAAGCUCCGACUCGCCCCGCUCCUCUACCUCUGGGACCUCGAGCUCAUCGAAGGCGUCGCACUUGCCAUGCGCCGCUCCGGCCCAAUCGGAGAGGCCCAGGCCGCCCGCCUCGUCAGCACCACCCUUGCCGAUCCUCUCCGCAACACCAACAACGCGCCCGCCGUUCGCGGUGCGCUUCGCACCGAUCUCGCCGCCCGAUUUCUGCGCUGGCUUGUCCGCGAUGAGCUCUGCAUUUACUCGGGAAACCCUGUCGCACGCAGAGCAGACACCCUCCUCCGCAUUGUGCUCAUGUCGCCCAUCUCGGCAGUGCCGCCGGAACGGCUGGUCAAGUCCCUCAUCCCCGUCCUCGUCUGCUUUCUUGCCGACAACGAUGUCGACGAUCUGCUCGACUCGCUUGAGCGAAGCAUUGCUCUCCACAGCUACAAUGCAGAAGUAGAAAAAGCAUGGGAGGAGCCACCAGAGGCCGACUGUCAUGAUGCCGACCAUGCUACGCCGCUCAGCCCAGCCUUGCCGAUCUGCCCGAUCUGCCGCGAGGCGAGCGUCGACAGCAAGCUGAGGUGCGGACACUCGUUCUGCCAACCAUGCCUUGUCGCCCAAUUCCAGUCGCGGUCACGGCGCUGCGGGCUCUGCCGCGCCAUAUUUGACCUCGAUCACAUCUCGCUGCUUGACACUCGGUCGUAAUCUACCCGGUACGCCUGCCUCGUCGCCCAAUUCCGGUCGCGGUCACGGCGCUGCGGGCUCUGCCGCGCCAUGUUUGACCUUCAUCACAUCUCGCUGCUUGACACUAAUCUACC